CUUACGAAACGACUUUUAUUGGUUUUGACACUCCCCCCCCCCCCCACCACCUCUCUUGCACACACACAAACAUACACAAACACAACUGGUUAAUAGGGGACUACAGAUUCUUCAGAGGAAAUGGUGGUGGUUGUGGUAGAGGUACCUCAAAGGAAACCGUUUGAUCUGGCUCUCUUUCUAUCUCUCUCUUUCUAUCUGUCUCGCCUCUCUUUCCUGUCUUCCUGACACAACAGAAUUCACAUAUCAGUAGCAGGAAACCAGCCAUGUCCACAUGUAACUGACAUUAUCGCUCUCUCUCGCUAUCCCCCGCACGUUCUCUGUCUCUCUCUCACGCUCUCCCCCUCUGCAGAAAAGCACCACCAAAGACGAGGUAACCAUGACCAUCAACACCACCCAUAACUGCACUGAGCCCCAGAUUAACCUCAUUUUCGUGGGGGUCUACGUCAUUGUCUUCACCGUCGGCCUCUUCCUCAAUCUCACAGCGCUGGUAGUCUUCUUCUGUUAUACCAAGUUGUGGUCCCACACCAUGGUCUACAUGACAAACCUGGCCAUCGCAGACCUCCUCCUGGUCCUCACUCUACCCCUGAGGAUCUACUACCAUCUGGGCUUGUCCGGGUUACCUCAGGUCUUGUGUGAAGGGAUGGGCCUGGUUCUUCUGGUCAACAUGUAUGGCAGCAUAUUCCUCCUCACCUGCAUGUGUUUCGACCGCUGCAUGGCCGUGUGCCUACCCAUGUUGUCCUGGGUCCAGGAGGGGCGUAAGAAAGCCCCGCUGGUCUGCCUUGGGGUGUGGCUGCUCACCGCAGGCGCCAGCCUCCCCAUCUACAUCUCCAAACGCAGAGAGGUGUCCAAGGACAUCGAUGUCAAUUGUUUCGGGAACCUCCCAGUCUACGCCAUGCAGCCCAUGGCGGUCGCCUCGACUUUAACCGUCGGCUUCGGCAUCCCCUUAUUGGUGAUGUUAGUCUGUUCCUGGGCAUUGAUCCAGGCCAUCACAAGGAGCUCCAUAGCCCAAACAGAAUUCAUCGACUCUGGAAAGAUUCAGAGGAUGAUCACCAUCAGCCUGGUGAUAUUCCUCACCUGUUUCCUGCCCUACCAUGGGACUCUGGCCCUCCUCUAUGUCCAUAGGGAGGCGAUAACAUGCCCCCUUCUGGCAGCAUACCACUAUAGCCUAAUGGUGGCCUGUCUGAAUGCCAUGUUGGACCCACUAGCCUACUACUUCACAACAGACACGUUCAGGAGGAAGAUGGAUAAGGAUUCUGUCAGAAGGAUGUUCCCUAUAAACAGUCACAGCUCUGAGGGGAUCAACAUGAGGGGAUCCAGGGGACCUGUCAAUACCUGAAAGACUUUAAAUAUAGUUCAAAUGUGGAGUCUUUAUAACAAUUGUGAAUUUAUGAAAGGAUCCACAGGCAUACGAUUCUCAUUGAAUUUUUAUCCAAUGAAGCCUCGUCUACAGAGCUGCAUCGGUUAUUGACGUUUGCAGAUGUUACACAUGAGGCGAAAUGAUGCAGGCCCAGGUGUCCAUGGCUCAAAUGGUGUCGGGAUCUACUAAUUCCUGCUGGGUCUUUGCUUUGGGAAUCCUGUUUUGAUGACUUUUCAGCCUUUCACUGACAUUAAUUGGUUGAUGAAGAGCAGCUAACUAAACUUUCUGAUGAAAUACACCAACAGAGUGGACAGAGGCCAGGCUUUGUGUAUUUCAGCUCCAACUACAUUGAUUCGCCCAAGGUCAAUGCUUUAUGAAACGCUUACCUUGUGUCUAUGUUUGUACUCUUUAGUUGCGUGCCUUUCUUUGUUUGCUGAAAUCCAUGCUUUUUCAAGAAACAUUAAUCAAAUACAACCACCGACUGUUUGCUCAUUGCUGUUGCUCUAAGAUGGCAACUCAGCCCAAAUGCACGUGCCAAUUGAAUCUCAACAAGGAAACGGUCGGUGGUUGGAAACUUCCUUCACCACGAAGUGGAGUUUAGUCAGUUAGAUGAAGAGUAGACCCAAGGUAAUAUGGAGAACCAGUUUAUGGCUUCCAUGGACUGGAUAGCUGGAGUUGAUCUACCCUGAAUUCUGUUUUUUUGUAUGUUGCGAAGGUGCAACACAAACAGUGACAAAUGAACUAGCGGAGAUGGCGUGAGAUGUAGCCACUGAACAAACAGUGCCAAUAUAUCCCCCAAACACCGGCUUCGAGGGCAUUAUCACUUUUAUACAGCGGGUU